UGCUCUGAAAAUUAGCUAGCUAGAAGCGUCGUUUUUGCUGUGUUCAUUACUCGAUCGGAACCAAUGGAUACUAAUGAUGUCUACUACGUUUACCUCGGCCUGGCUCUCAUAUCUAUGCUACUAGUGGUCGCGAAGGGCAGCCGUCGUGGUCGCUCCCCGGCACACGGGCAGGGCCUGCGCCUGCCGCCGGGGCCAUGGCAGGUGCCGAUCAUCGGCAGCCUACAUCACAUAGCCGGGAGGAAGCUCCCGCACCGCGCGCUGCGUGACCUGGCUCGGCGCUAUGGGCCGGUGAUGAUGCUCCGAAUCGGCGAGGUCCCCACGGUGGUGGUGUCCUCGCGGGAGGCGGCGAUCGAGGUGAUGAAGACGCACGACCUGGCGUUCGCGUCGCGGCCGCAGACCGCCACGGGGCGCGUGAUCACCAAGGAGGGCCGCGACAUCGCGUUCGCUCCCUACGGGGAGCACUGGCGCCAGCUCCGGAAGGUGGCCAUCACGGAGCUGCUCAGCGUGCGCCGGGUGCUCUCCUACCGCGCCAUCCGCGAGGGCGAGGUGGCCGCGAUGCUGCGCGACCUCGCCGGCGCCGCGGCGGCGUCCCGCCCCGUGGAGAUGCGGGCGCGGUUGGCCGCGCUGGUGUCCGACACAACGCUCCGUGCCGUGGUGGGUGGACGGUGGGAGGAGCGCGACGCGUUCCUCCGGGAGCUGUCCCGCGCCAGCGUGCUCGUGGCGGGGUUCAACCUGGCCGACCUCUGGCCUUCCUCGUGGCUCGCCGGCCGGCUCAGCGGCGUCGUGCCCCGCGCCCAGGUGUGCAUCGACAGAAUCUACGGGCUGCUCGACGGCGUCAUCGACGCGCAUCGCCGGAAGGCUAGGAACGCAGGCGACGCCGCCGGGCCCGAGGACCUUAUCCACGUGCUGCUGAGGUUGCAGAAGGAUGGAGAGCUUCCGCUUGACAUGGAUGUCAUUAAAGCCGUCAUCUUUGACAUCUUCGGCGCGGGCAGCGACACGUCGUCGACCACGUUGGAGUGGGCCCUGGCGGAGCUGGUCAGGAACCCCAGGGUGAUGCGCAAGGCACAGGCGGAGCUGCGCGCGGCCUUCGGCGGCGCCGGCCGGGUGCGCGAGCAGGCGCUCGGGCAGCUCCAGUACCUGCCCCUGGUGGUGCGGGAGACGCUCCGGCUGCACGCGCCGGCGCCGCUGCUGCUGCCGCGCCAGUCCCGGGAGCCGUGCCGCGUGCUCGGAUACGACGUGCCGGAGGGCACCAUGGUGCUGGUCAACGUCUGGGCCUUGGCCCGCGACGAGCGGUACUGGCCCAACGCGCCCGCGGAGUUCCGGCCCGAGCGCUACGAGUGCGAGUCACGUGGCGUCGACAUGAAGGGCACCAACUUCGAGCUGCUGCCGUUCGGAGCUGGACGGAGGAUUUGCCCGGGGUUGGCGUUUGGGCUCGCCAACAUCGAGCUCGCACUCGCCAGCCUCCUGUUCCACUUCGACUGGGAGCUGCCCGGCCAAUCUGAUCCGGCGGAGUUGGACAUGACGGAGAUUUUCGGCGCCAACACGCGCCGCAAGGCCGAACUAUUGCUUCGACCUGUCAUUCGCGUUCCCGUACCCACCGCAAUCUAGCUACCAGCUGUGGCAUGCUAUUGUCUAGCUAGUAAUUCGAUCGGGCACGCCGCCUGUUGGUAUUGUUAAAAGUGGUGUCAAAAAAUCAUGCUAAUAAAGUUCUAGCCACUAGUGAUAAUAAUUAGUAAUAAAGUACCCGGCCUACUGCUUCGGCAUGCCCUUCGUGCUCCGGCAUGCUGUUCUCUGUAGUAGAUUAUUUGGCCGCGACAUUCUAUAGUGAAGACGGUGCCAAAAUGAUGUUCAUAAUGCAGGUCAUUUUUCUCUGAUUUUCCAUUUUCC